AUGUGCAACCACGCAAUAAAUAAAUAAAAAAAACAUAUGGCAAGAGCAUUUCAAAUUAUUUCCAGAUUAUCAGGAAUUAUUGGAGUCCCCCUUGGAAUUUGGGCUGGUUUUAUAACUAGAGAUGAACAAUAUUUCCCAUCUUAAAAUAGAAUGGAAGAAGUAUAUUAAGAAUAUUUAAGGAGAAAGUAAUAGUGA